GUUAAACCAUCCCCCACACACUAGUAAGACAAGGCACAUCUCUCCUGCUGUAAGGUAUGGGUGUUAGCAGAGAUACAUUGUAGCCAGCUAGCUGUUAUAGCUCAGGGGGGUAUUGGUUCAGGGAAAUACCUGAUGUGUGUAAUGCUCCCUCUAUUUAUUUUUCUUUGCAUGUUAUGUUAUUUCUGUAAUUAAUUUAGUAAUGAUUGUAUGUGUUUUUUUAGAACUGCAAAAAACAAGCAGCGUCUGUCCCAUGUGCCUUAGGUUUUUAUUAAUAAAUAUUCUCUAUAUUUUAUAUCAUGUUCAAGGAAUGCUAUAGUGUUAGGGAUAUAAAACUGUAUUCAUAACAUCAUAGUGUCCUUCUACCCCCCUCCACCCCCUUUUCAUUUACCUGAUUCGCCGCAGUCCGGCUCCUCCUCCAAUGUCAGCCUGUGGUGGGAACGUAAUGCGCGGCGAGCACGUUAAACCUUCCCCAUCGGAAAGCAUUGACUCGAUUUUAGUAGACACUGGACGUCCUCAUGCAGAGUGUGAGAACUUCCAGCGUCGUUUCACGGAGUCAAACCCAGUGAAUGGCCAAGAAGUGCGUCUAAUGGCUUAACCCAGCAAUGUAACAUUGCAGUUUCCGUGAAAAUGACCGGGACGCUGCACCAAGACCAAUUCGAUGAGAUCGUUGCGGUGUUGCCAUGUCCACUAUGUUUUCCCUACCCAUAGUGUCCCUUUAAUGAUUGAAAGUAAUAACCAGAGUCAUUGCUGUUUAGCAGAGCAGAUGUAAGCAACACUUUGCGAGGAAACAAAUUUAUUUUAUUUAUUUAUUUAUAAAAUAUUUUACCAGGAAAGAUACAUUGAGAUUUCUCUCGUUUUCAAGUAUGUCCUGGGUCCACAAAUCAUUGCAUUGUUACAUUAGGUACAACAAAAUACAAAAACAAUAUUAAUACACAAUAUAUACAAAAUUUAACAUAGAACAGGCAGGAAAUAUAUAAUCAACCAUGACACGUGCAUUCUGUUUUGAGGUAUGUAGAGAGGGAUCUCUUAAAUGACUUUAGGCUUAGGGAAGAUUUUAAAUUGUGCGGGAGGUCGUUCCACAAUUGCGGUGCUCUGUAGGAGAAGGAGGAUCGGGCCGCUUUCUUUUUGUAUUGAGGUAGACUAAGUAAAGUGCUUGUACUGGAUCGGAGCUUAUAGAAAGUGGGAACAGCUAAGGAAAGCAUUUUGUUCAGGUAGGGUGGGAGUUUCCCAGAGAAGCUCUUAAAAACAAGGCUGGAAAGAUGAAGGGUGCGUCUGGAUUCCAGCGACAGCCAGUUUAGUUCCUUUAGCAUGUCACAAUGAUGGGUCCUGUAAUUACAUUGUAGCACAAAUCGGCAGAACGAGUUAUACAAUGUGUUGAGUUUAUUAAUGUGGGAUUGCGAUGCAGACGCAUAUACUACAUCCCCAUAAUCAAUGAUUGGCAUCAGCAUUUGCUGUACAAUCUUUUCCUUUACUGUAGGGCUUAGGCAGGCUUUGUUUCUGUACAGGGCACCUAAUUUUGGAUAAAGUUUAGAUGCAAGCUUUUCUAUGUGCAGGCCAAAAGAUAGAUUGGGAUCUAAUAUCAUACCCAAGUAUUUGAAAGAGUGGACUGCGGUCAGUGUGCCAUUUGAAUUUGUUUUGAUGGAUAGGUGGGGAUUGUGUAAUUUGUGCAAUUUAGGUACUGUUCCAAAGAUCAUUGUGACAGUUUUGUCAGUGUUCAGGAAGAGUUUGUUUUUUGCGAUCCACUUUUCUACCUCUGUAAACUGGUCUUGGAGCAAAGCCUCAAGUUGCGGUAGAUUGGGUUUGCUCGCAUAGAUUACCGUGUCAUCUGCGUACAUGUGUACAUUUGAGGAUUGGCAGACAUAAGGCAGAUCAUUUAUAAAUAAUGUAAAUAGUAGGGGGCCGAGAAUGGAACCCUGGGGAACACCACACGUGACCGGGAGAGGGAGGGAGUCACUGUCAGAAAUGGACACAUAUUGCGAGCGAUCCGAUACAUACGAUCGAAACCAGUUUAAAGAAUGAUCACCAAUACCUGAGUUUUCGAGUUUGUGCAGUAGAAUGUCGUGGUCUACUGUGUCAAAGGCCUUAGCAAAAUCAAGGAAAAUAGCUCCAGUUAGGGCUCCUUGUUCCAUGCCAGUUUGGAUGUCAUUGCAAACUUUUAGGAGGGCAGUUGUAGUGGAGUGAUUCUGGCGAAAGCCCGAUUGAUCAGGGGUCAGAUAGUUUAAUUGUUGGUAGUACUCACAAAGUUGCGUAUGGACACAUUUUUCUAAGAUUUUUGACAAUACCGGGAGCAAUGAUAUUGGGCGAUAGUUAGAAACCAAAGUAGUGUCACCACUUUUAUGGAUAGGCACUACUCUCGCAGUCUUCCAAAGUUUGGGUAUGUAUCCAGACACCAAGGAUUCGUUAAUUAGAGUUGAGACGGGUUUAGCAAUUGCCGGCGCACUGAGCUUCAACAGCAUUGCUGGGAUUUGAUCAGGUCCGGACUGGUUUUUCAUUUUUAGAUUAUUAAGAUGUUUUUUAAUGACACUAACAGGUACAGGUCUAAAAUUAAACUUAUCUAUAUUGGGCCUUUGCAAAUUUAGUGGGGCCUGAUCCACAUUUGUAGUUUCAGGAUGCGUGUCAUUUAUUAGCUUGUCAAUCAGGGCAGUAGAGCAUCCGACAAAAUAAUUGUUAAAGGCAUUUGCAACAUCUAAAGGAAGUUGCAGGGUUUGGUUACCCACUUUGACAGUGGAGGGUUGGGAGUGGAUUGGGGGAGUUUGUAGUUUAUUUAUGACUUUCCAAAAGUUUCUAGGGUUUGAGAUGUUACUGUUCAGAUUUUCAUAGAAAUAUUGGGCCUUGGCCAGUUUUGUCUGUUUUGUGCAUAUAUUUCGCCAUUGUCUAUAUGCACCGUGAUCAUUCAUAGAGCCAGUACGCUUAAACUUUGACCACAAAGAAUCCCGAAACUGGUACAUUUGGAUGAGGUCAGCUGUGAUCCAGUUCAUAUGCGCUCCUUUUACCCUCACCUUACGCAGCGGGGCAUGCAAAUUCCAGAUUUGAAGGAGUUCAGACUGAAAGUAUUCAACAGCACAGUCUAGAUCUGGGAUAAUGUUUAAUCUGUGCCAUGAGAGAUUCUUGAUGUCAUUUAAAAAGGAUUCAAGAUUAAAUUUUUUGAAGGACCUAGUUAUUUUAACCUUGGGAGAGGAUUUAAUAGCCUUUAUUUUGCGCACGCAGUACACUAAACAAUGAUCACUGAACGUGUUGGGGAGAACACCAACCUCCUGGAUUCUAUCAGGAGAAGUGCAGAGAAUCCAAUCUAGCAGGGUAUGUUUAUGGCUUUUAAUGUUUAUGCGAGUUGGGGAGGAGAUUAAUUGCGUUAGCUGCAAAGUCUUAAACAGCGUGCAAGAACUAUUAUUUUUAGGGUUCAGCCAAUCAAUAUUAAAAUCUCCAAAGACCAACAGUUCACUUUUUGGGUUUUGAGCUAUGGUUUCACUAAGGAGAUGGGCUAUGUCAGAAAGGGAAUGCACAGGAGAGCUAGGUGGGCGGUAGAUUCCUGCAACAAUGAUGGAUUUACUGCACGGGAUCUCAAUUGUGCCAGAAAGGAAAUCAAAGAUGGCAGGAGGACUAAGGUUUUGUAAAGGGGUAAACUUUAUGGAAUUGUCAACAUAAAUAACAAUGCCUCCUCCUCUCUUUGCUCUGUCAUUUCUAAAACAUGAAUAACCCUGUAUUGCAAUGGCGGUGUCUGGUAUUUUAGCCGUUAACCAUGAUUCUGAGAGCACAAUGAUUUUUGGUUUGUAAUGGGAACACCAGGCUUGCAGUGCAUCCAGUUUAGGGAGUAAACUACGGAUGUUGCAGUGCACAAAAGAGAGGCCUUUUUUAGUGGGGAGAUUAGGACUAGAAUUAGCUGGGGGACCAGGGUUAGACUCCACAUCAUUUGCAAGGGCAAGUAACAUAAGGAGUAGGAAUUUGGACAUCAUCUUUGUUUGGCCAUAUAGUGAAUGGGAUAAUUUAUAAUUUUGUGAGUUUGGGGUAGGAGGGCUAUUUUUUAUAACUCUCCACCAGCACUCAGCAGAUAAGUUAAAGGAACAGAGCAGGCCAUGGUGUAUUAUAAUUUGUGUUCCAGUUUGAGGUGUGUGCUUAUGCUGGUAGUUGUGUGAACAAAAUUGGAUUGAGAAAAGGGUUAUUAAGACUAACAGUAUGGUUAUAUUAGGAUUCAUGUUAGUGGUAUAAGGUGUGUAGUUGAAAAUGAAACAGAAAUUGUGAGGAAAAAAAAAAAAUUUAAAUAGAAUUAUAUGGUUUUGGUGUGUGAUAUCUAUUUGUAGUGAGAGAGGGUAUGUGUUCUAUAGGGUUAAGAGAUUGAAAGGGUGUGCUGAUCAGUGGUUGCACCUGUCAAUUCAGUAGAUUGAAAGUUGUGUGGGAGACUAUCUAUAAAUGAGAAAAUGACCAUGGGGUGGGUGGGCGAGGGGUAGGGUGGGAGGGAAAAGUCAGUCUUCCAGAAGGCUACCUGUUUCAAAUGGCCAUGGAACAGCUGAUGGAGCUCUGAGUUCUAUGCUGGACUGGGUAUGUUUAAAAAUCAGACUGUGGGAGAGAGAUGUAUAUUAGGCAGGGCAGACAUUUUUCAGAGCGUACUUUGAUAUUACAGAAUGUGGUGUACUUUGAUAAUAUUACAGAAUGUGGUGUACUUUGAUAAUAUUACAGAAUGUGGUGUACUGUGAUAUUACAGAAUGUGGUGUACUUUGAUAUUACAGAAUGUGGUGUACUGUGAUAUUACAGAAUGUGGUGUACUUUGAUAUUACAGAAUGUGGUGUACUGUGAUAUUAUAGAAUGUGGUGUACUGUGAUAUUAUAGAAUGUGGUGUACUGUGAUAUUACAGAAUGUGGUGUACUGUGAUAUUAUAGAAUGUGGUGUACUGUGAUAUUACAGAAUGUGGUGUACUGUGAUAUUAUAGAAUGUGGUGUACUGUGAUAUUACAGAAUGUGGUGUACUGUGAUAUUACAGAAUGUGGUGUACUGUGAUAUUACAGAAUGUGGUGUACUGUGAUAUUAUAGAAUGUGGUGUACUGUGAUAUAAGAGAAUGUGGUGUACUUUGAUAUUACAGAAUGUGGUGUAUUGUGAUAUUACAGAAUGUGGUGUAUUGUGAUAUUACAGAAUGUGCUUUGAUCGUAUUCGUACUAGGGUUGUCACAGUGUCCGUUCACAAAAUUGGCCUGUUUGCAGACGAUAUAAUCCUAGCUGUCAAAAACCCAAAAGAAUCUUUGAGACACCUCAAGGACAUUUUAACUCAAUUUGGCGAGAUACCGUACUACAAUUUAAACGAGAUUAAGACUCAGGCCCUUCCGUUUCAUUUAAAUAAUUUGGAAACCACUGCCCUUAAUAAAUCAUAUUUAUUUGAUUGGAGAACUGACUAUAUGGAAUAUCUUGGCAUUAAUUUAUGCAAAAAUUUGGUCAAUAUGCAAAAUCACAACUUGAGGAAAGCAUGGUCGGACUUACAAAAAGAGAAAGAGAGAUGGGGCGGGAUGGAGCUCUCAUGACUGGGGAGGGUCGCAUCUAUUAAAAUGACGAUACUUCCAAAAAUUUUAUAUUUUUUUUAGGACCCUCCCUCUGUCCAUCCCAUUAUCAUUUUUUACUAAAGUUCACUCGACAAUGCUGAAAUUCAUCUGGGGGGAACAAGCCUGCCCGAGUAAGGCUCACUUCCCUGCAGCACCAUAAAUCAAAUGAUGGUAUCUGUGUCCCCAAUAUCCGCAAAUAUUAGUUCACCACUAACGCUGCAGUGGCAGUGAGCUUUAAUAACCAGGUUGAUAAACCCAGAUGGACGGAAAUAGAAGAAUCGAAAAUUUUACCGGUUAGAUUGUCAGAAUUACCUUGGUUAAAUCCUAAAAAAGACCUGGAAUUACAAAAUUAUUUUUAUCUACCAAGACUACGCUUAAGGCCUGGGACAUUAUUUUUAAAAAUGACCAUUCUCCCAGUUUAUAUAGAGCAAUGCCUAUUGAGUUAUUGAAAAAUUAUACAUCAUCCUUAAAAAUAGAAUUGUAACCGAGGAAACUUGCAGAAGCCAGACACAGAGAGAUGGAUGCAGGUUUUCAGGAAGUAAAAGGUCUUUAUUAACAUACCGAUCGGGCCCCAGAUGAACUAACGUUCCAAAACAGGUCUGAGGGCCGAAGACACAUGAAGUAAAUGCUUUUUAUAGAACUAUAACUCCUCCCAUUAAUAGCUCCACCUGCACAUACCCUUAACCAAUGGGUGGACAUGAUCUGGAUUUCCUUAUAUGGGCAGACCACAUGGCUCAUCCGAAACAAGGGAGAAAGGCAUGUGAUUUCAAUUCCUGCACAUGCUCAGUAUAUUGAUGAUAGUAUCUUAGCUACGUGUAACUAACUAACUGAUACAACAUACACAUAUGCCACAUGGAAAUCUUGGCCUACUAAAUUUACAUUUCACUGAAAUUCCAUCACAUUCCCCCCUUUGAUGCCUCUAAUACAAAAUUAUUCCAGCUGCAUCACCAAUCAUAGUUUACCAACACCUCUCAAGUAGCCAUGGACCAGAACAGACCUUGUAAGCAUCUUAGCAUGAUCUCAAACUCCUUCAGCAUUCCUCAUCCUGUAUAUGUUCUCUUUGGGCUAGGGAUUCAUAUCUAUAGACAGCCAUUACAUGAGCAGCUGUCUUUCUUUCUAUAGUACUCUCUAUGAUACCACGUAUAGAUCUGACCACUAAUGCAAUUAGGCAGGGCAGAAAGAGACAUAAGAAUAUCAUGAAUACUACUCCUCCUACUAACGCCUUAAUCCCUUCAAGCUGCUCAUACCAACUUCCAAACCAACUACUUGGAUUAUACCCAUUCCAGACCUGAGUAGGUACAUGUGUAAGUUUAACCAUGUGACUAGUAAGUUCAGCCACUGCCCACCUUUCAUCAUCUAUGUGCAAACAACAGUUGCUAAGAUUAAAAUUUCCGCAUACACCUACCUCUACAGCUAAUAGAUAGUCCAGAGCUAAUCUAUUUUGAUAGAUGGCUGAUCUCAUCCGAGUAUUUUGCUUAGCUAGAAGAUUAAGUGCUUGAGCUGUCUCAGUGAUAAUCUCAACCACCGCCUGUAGUCUUAUAAUACGGUUGAGCAUAUAUAUUGGGGUUCUAUAUCCAUAGGUACCAUCUUCUGCCCAAGUAGCAGGUCCAUAAUAAUUAAUAAUGCGUUGGGGAGGCCACUCAUCAUCUUCCGAGCUACCUAUAUUCAAGGAUGCGCGCUUCUUUUUAUGAUUUACAUCAUAAACCUUAACUCCCAAGGUCUCUCCUGUCUCAAUUGGCAACAAGAAGAAGGAUGGUUUGAGCGUACCUAAUACACAUGCCCCUUCCCAGUCUUGUGGUAACUCUGAAUAUGCUUUCUUACCACAGAUCCAAUAUAAAUUCACUGGGGCCAUAGAAACAUAGAAUGUGACGGCAGAUAAGAACCAUUCGGCCCAUCUAGUCUGCCCAAUUUUCUAAAUACUUUCUUUAGUCCCUAGCCUUAUCUUAUAGUUAGGAUAGCCUUAUGCCUAUCCCAUGCACGCUUAAACUCCUUUACUGUGUUAACCUCUACUACUUCAGCUGGAAGACUAUUCCAUGCACCCACUACCCUCUCAGUAAAGUAAUACUUCCUGAUAUUAUUUUUAAACCUUUGUCCCUCUAAUUUAAGACUAUGUCCUCUUGUUGUGGUAGUUUUUCUUCUUUUAAAUAUAGUCUCCUCCUUUACUGUGUUGAUUCCCUUUAUAUAUUUAAAUGUUUCUAUCAUAUCCCCCCUGUCUCGUCUUUCCUCCAAGCUAUACAUGUUAAGAUCCUUUAACCUUUCCUGGUAAGUUUUAUCCUGCAAUCCAUGAACCAGUUUAGUAGCCCUUCUCUGAACCCUCUCUAAGGUAUCAAUAUCCUUCUGAAGAUACGGUCUCCAGUACUGUGUACAAUACUCCAAGUGAGGUCUCACCAGUGUUCUGUACAAUGGCCUGAGCACUUCCCUCUUUCUACUGCUAAUACCUCUCCCUAUACAACCAAGCAUUCUGCUAGCAUUUCCUGCUGCUCUAUUACAUUGUCUGCCUACCUUUAAGUCAUCAGAAAUAAUCACCCCUAAAUCCCUUUCCUCAUAUGUUGAGGUUAGGACUCUAUCAAAUAUUCUGUACUCUGCCCUUGGGUUUUUACGUCCAAGAUGCAUUAUCUUGCACUUAUCCACAUUAAAUGUCAGUUGCCACAAUUCUGACCAUUUUUCUAGUUUACCUAAAUCAUUUGCCAUUUGGCUUAUCCCUCCUGGAACAUCAACCCUGUUACAUAUCUUAGUAUCAUCAGCAAAAAGACAUACCUUACCAUCAAGACCUUCUGCAAUAUCACUAAUAAAAAUAUUAAAGAGAAUGGGUCCAAGUACAGAUCCCUGAGGUACCCCACUGGUGACAAGUCCAAGCUUCGAAUAUAUUCCAUUAACUACAACCCUCUGUUGCCUGUCACUCAGCCAUUGCCUUACCCAUUCAACAAUAUUGGAAUCCAAAUUUAAAGAUUGCAGUUUAUUGAUAAGCCUUCUAUGUGCAACAGUGUCAAAAGCCUUACUGAAAUCUAGGUAAGCAAUGUCUACUGCACCACCCUGAUCUAUAAUUUUAGUUACCCAAUCAAAAAAAUCAAUAAGAUUAGUUUGGCAUGAUCUCCCUGAAGUAAACCCAUGUUGUCUCUGAUCUUGAAAUCCAUGUGUUUUUAGAUGUUCAUCAAUCCUAUCCUUUAACAUGGUUUCCAUCACUUUCCCCACUACUGAAGUAAGGCUUACUGGCCUAUAGUUGCCCGACUCCUCCCUAUUACCUUUCUUGUAAAUGGGCACAACAUUCGCUAACUUCCAAUCUUCUGGGACUACUCCUUUUAACAAUGAUUGGUUAAAUAAAUCUGUUAAUGGUUUUGCUAGUACACCACUAAGCUCUUUUAAUAGCUUUGGGUGUAUUCCAUCAGGUCCCAUUGACUUAUUUGUCUUUACUUUUGACAGUUGAAAUAGAACCUCUUCCUCUGUAAACUCACGUGUAAUAAAUGACUCCUUUAUCCUUUUUCUCAACUGAGGUCCCUUUCCUUCAUUUUCAUCUGUAAAUACAGAACAAAAAUAUUCAUUGAGGCAGUCAGCUAGACCUUUAUCCUCUUCUACAUACCUUCCUUCUUUUGUUUUUAAUCUAACUAAUCCUUGUUUUACUUUUCUUUUCUCAUUUAUGUAUCUAAAAAUGUUUUAUCCCCCUUUUUUACUGACUGUGCUAUUUUCUCUUCUGUGUGUGAUUUGGAAGCUCUUAUAACUUGCUUAGCCUCUUUCUGCCUAAUCUUAUAGAUCAUUUUGUCUUCCUCACUCUGGGUUUUUUGUAUAAUUCCUAAAUGCUAACUUUCUGUUUUUAACUAUUUUGGCCACAUCUGUGGAGAACCACAGUGGUUUCUUGAAUGUUUUGCUUUUACUGACAAGCCUAAUGCAAUUUUCUGUUGCCUUCAAUAGUGCAACUUUUAAAUAAUCCCAUUUCUCUUGGACUCCAAAAAGUCUAAAUUGCUUCAGUCUGAUAAUGACUCCUCUACACAUAUUCUAAUUUUAGAAAAGUCUGUUUUUCUAAAGUCUAAAACUUUUGUUUUUGUGUGGUGUGACUCAGUCACUGUUCUUAUAUUAAACCACACUGACUGAUGAUCACUGGAUCCUAAACUUUCACCUACAGUAAUAUCUGAUAACAAAUCUCCAUUUGUUAACACUAAAUCUAGUAUGGCCUCUUUACGAGUUGGCUCUGCAACAACUUGUUUUAGAGACAAUCCCAGUAGGGAGUUUAGAAUAUGUGUGCUCUUGGCACAAGUAGCUAAUUUUGUUUUCCAAUUUACAUCAGGAAGAUUAAAGUCACCCAUGAUGAUAACUUCCCCCUUCAUUGUCAUUUUAGCUAUUUCCUCAACUAGUAGAUUAUCUAACUCUUCAGUUGGUCCUGGGGGCCUAUAAAUCGCACCUACACGAGUUACUGUGUGAUUACCAAAUUCUAACGUAGCCCAAACGGACUCUUUGUUUGCCUCACUAACUUUUAUUAGGCUAGAUUUUAUGCUAUCCUUCACAUACAAGGCCACCCCUCCCCCUUUCUUGCCUUCCCUAUCUUUCCUAUAUAAAGAGUACCCUGGUAUUGCUAUGUCCCAGUCAUUUUUCUCAUUAUACCAUGUCUCAGUAACAGCGACUAAAUCUACACUAUCAGUUGCCAUUAUUGCCACAAGUUCAUGAAUCUUAUUCCCUAAACUGCGAGCAUUUGUAGACAUGACUCUAAGCUUAUCAUUUUUUAACACACUUGCUACAGGCACCUUCUGUCCUUGUUUUGGGGGUCAAUUGGAUUGAUGUUUUAUCACCCUUCCCCCCUCCUAGUUUAAAUACAUCCUAGCAAAACCUCUGAACUGCUCACUGAGAACAUUUGUUCCCAAUUGGAUGUAGCAGAUAAGUCAAACCAUAACUCUUUUAAAUGGGUGUAAUUGGCAAACGGAUUAGUAGGCUCUGAGACAUUUGAAGCUGACCACCAAGUAGUAUCUUUAGUAUCGGCAUUAUAGGCCUUCUGUCCCAGACAUAUUAACUCGCCAACAGGUGUGGUAUACAAUGGCCCUUUCCUGGCUAAAUAUACAUGACCUAUAAUAGGGGUUUUUAACCGCCACUCUGAUUUUCCUCUAGUACUUACUUGAUGAUCAGACUGAGAAAGUAUUUGUUGUUCAUCUGUCUCAGAACCAGGGUACCAUACUUCCUUUCCCUCCCAUGGCCACUGGUCUCCCAUAUUAGUACCUCCACAUACAAAGCAAUUAGUUACAUUAAGACUACCCGCAAUACUCUCAGCCAAAUCAAUAAAUAGGUUCUUAACAUUAUGGGGAAUUUUAUCCUCAAUACUCAUCUCCUCAUAGAAGGAAUGAAAAACCUGAUGAGUUUGAGUUGCUAUCGUCUCAGUUUCAAGUCCUACAUAUAUUAUGGUCCCUGGAUCUACUCCUGUGCCAUAUAUUUGGAACCCAAAUAGAUUUCCAAACGUAUCAAUACAAUGUUGUGGAUUAGACAUGUGGUGUAGUGGGCAAUCUUUGGAUAAUCAUAUCUUGAUCCACUGUUUUACCCCAGGUCACCCACCCUACACAAGACCAAUAUGGACAAAAAUUUAAAUCCCUAUUUCGGCAAUCAGGAUCAGUAGAUCUUUUACUGGGACAUAAAUAUUUAUCAUUAAACCCAUAAGUUCGUUCCCAUUUAAGAUUACCACAUACAUUCCAAGGUUUUCCACUACCCGAGAUCGCCUUACAUGCACCAAAUAGUAGAAUGCCCGUAGAAUGUAUGGUAUUUAUCGCAGUCCUAUUUAUCAAGGUCCCCUGGGAGUUACUGUUCCGAAUUACCAACCAAAUUGUACGUGGUUGGAAUUGGGGAUCAAAACAUUUAAGCUCUCCUGAUAUUGGUUUGCACACACUGUAAUCUAUAUCUAAAUAUCUACACUUGGAUACAGAUCCCCUACACUCAUACUGUGAGUGCCAAAUGAGAGUUUGGGAGAGAGUGGGAUAUUUGGUUACCUGUUUUCGUAGUCUUAAUGCAGCUAACACAACUCUGUAUGUCCUCACCUUCACCUUUCUGAAAAAUCACAAAAAUGCCUAAACACAUAAUAUAACAUAUUAUUCCAGUAGUCCUCAUUUCUACUCUUCGACCGUGCGAUGGCACCUCAGCUUCCCAAAUGUGAGGGCUGGAAGGAUUGUCGUUCUUCUGAUCCUCACUUUUCUUCACAGAGGUCCCUUCGAGACACUCUGGCUUAUGACACGUAGGCAGAUGGUCAGGCUUUAUUAUGGCCAUCAAAACACCUACUUGCUGGUCUCAAAAUAGUACUUUCAACCAUAAUGUCCCAAUACUUCGCACUCACUCCAACUGAGUCACCCGCUUUAACCGGAUCUUGCAAGGAAUUUCAGGGUCUGGAGUGGCUUGCCAAGAGUCUACUGCUGGUUUAACCCUAGAGUGAUGAAUCCACGGAGUCACUUCUGCCACCUUUACAGCUGUUGGAGUGUACAAAAGAACAACAUAAGGACCUCUCCAUUUCGGACCUUGAUCUCCCGGAUGAUAGGAAUGAACAGGUGUUAUAUGUUCACAGGUAACCUAUCUUGCACCCAUUUCUGUACUUCCUCCAUAGUUCUACCAAACUCUACAACCUGCUGCCGAGUAAUUCCUUCACCCAACUGAUUCACGUCUCCCCUUAGAUUACUGAGUAUGAUUUCAAAGGGAGACAGACCCAUUCUUCUGGUAGGAGUACUACAUAACCACAACAGAGCUAUUGGCAAAAGGACAUUCCACUUGAGCUGAGUUUCCUGACACAUUUUUGCCAAUUGGUUUUUAUUGUUCUAUUCAUCCUUUCCAGAACGUGAGGUCUAUAUGCUGUAUGAAGUUUCCACUUAAUACCAAGCACAUUCUGUGCUGAUGUUCCUUUCAACAGUGGCCGUGCUUCUAUCACCUUGUCUAUGGUUGUUACCGCAUACCCUGCAUAACGUAUACAUAACUACUACCAUCCGUAUAAUACUGUAUGUCCGGAUUCUGGAUGGGGAAAUCAUGAAGAUCAGGCCUGCUUGAAAACACUUCAUCCAUUAUCUCCAAAUCAUGUUGACUUUCAGUAGUUUGGGGCAGAAGGGUAGCUGGAUUCAAAUUAUUGACAGUCUCGAGGUGUACUCUUGGAUUUUCACAUAACAUAGCUUGAUAUUUGGUCAUUCGACUGUUGCUAAACCGAUGAUUUCCUUUGUAAUCCAAUAGGGUCUGUACUGCAUGAGGUACUCUCACAUAGAGUUCCUGACCCAAUGUGAGCUUGUCAGCUUCUGCUACCAACAGGGCAGCGGCGGCCACUGCUCGCAGACAAGGUGGAAGACCACUGGCCACUGCAUCCAACUGUUUGGACAUACAAGCUACAGGUUUUUGCCAUGAUCCCAAAUACUGAGUUAAUACUCCCACAGCCAUUCUUCUUUGCUCAUGUACGUACAGAUAGAAAGGACGCAUGUGAUCUGGUAGACCUAGGGCUGGGGCACUCAUAAGUGCUUUCUUAACAUCCUCAAAUGCCUUCUGUUGUUCAGAGGUCCACAAAAAGGGGUCAUAUUCUGUGCCUUUCACAGCUUCAUAUAAAGGUUUUGCCAGUAUCGCAUAAUUAGGAAUCCAUAUCCUGCAGAAUCCUGCUGCUCCUAAGAAUUCUCGCACUUGUCUUCUACUCUUAGGUAUAGAUAUCCGACACACUGCUUCUUUUCUUUCAGGUCCCAUUAUUCUUUAACCUUGUGAAAUAUUGAAUCCUAAAUAUUUAACAGUUGACUAGCACAAUUGCGCUUUCUUCCUUGAUACCUUGUAUCCUGCUCUCCAUAGAAUGUGAAGCAAAUCAUAAGUUGCUUGUUGGCAUAUCACUUUAGCAACAGCUGCUAUCAAAAGAUCAUCCACAUAUUGAAGCAAUACACAUUCUCCUGGGAUGGACUUGAAAUCUUGUAAAUCCUGGCUUAAUGCAGAUCCAAAUAGGUUAGGUGAAUUCUUGAGGUAAUCUGGUCCAGGUCAUCUGACGCUUUGAACCUGUAACAGCAUGGCUUCCCGAUAAGCCCUUGAUUGGGGCAUGUCAGCACCAUUCACAUUCCAAUUUGGGUAAACAUUUGGAUAAUGGGCUGCAGCCCAUGCAGUUGGAUUGGCCUGAUUUUGAGUACGGGCCGUUUCCUCAAGCGCUUUAAUAGCCGCUUGAUUAAUCCGGGUCCUUUCCUCACAAUUAAAUAAAGUUAAUAAUAAUUGCUGGCAAUCGGCCCAGGUGGGAUUGUGUGUUUGUAUGGAGGUAACCAAAUCUGUCAUGACUUGAGGUUUGUCGGUAUAGAAGAGUUAUGAGUCUUCCAAUUGAAUAGAUCAGUUGUGGUAAAGGGGACAUAGACAAAUACAGGAUAUGCCCGUUGUAUUUGGCCAUUUUCGUCAACGUGUGUUGGGCCCGGUGUAAGUCGGAGGGGCAUUUGGUAAUGUCUGGGUUGAAGGGUACCAGUCAUCUGUCGGGUUAAUAUAGGACUUCGGCAAGGCUGUUUUAUAGUAAGUUCCAGUCUAGGGGGAGUAAGGUAAGGAGAAUGAGGCAGGUUAAUUUUACUGGGCUGAAGUUCAGUCAACAGGAUGUUGUGGGCCGGGCUGGGAGGAGCCUGACCAGGAACCAGAAGUGACGGUAAUUCUGGAUAUAUAGAACUAGUGGAGGUAGGUACCAGAAGGGUACCUUCGCUUCUUCUCUCCAGAGGGAGGGGGCAGUCCAAUAACCGGUUCCAAAUAUAAAACCCCUUGUGGGCCUACCGCUCUAACGGUAUCAGUCUUACCUCUUCGUUCCUGAACCUGGGCUCACACUCAUCGACGGGGCACACCGGUACUUACUACGUAAAGGCCGAUGAUCUCCUAGGUGAAGCAGCCCAGUGGUGCCAAGAUGAAGGGAUGUCCACGCAGAAAUUCAGGGGUGCUGCCGUAGAGAACUUUGGUAAAAAGGUUACCGUCUCAAAUCUCUGCGCCAGCUUCCGUGCGAUGAGGUUCUCGGACCCAAUGCACCAAAGAUGUAACCGAGGAAACUUGCAGAAGCCAGACACAGAGAGAUGGAUGCAGGUUUUCAGGAAGUAAAAGGUCUUUAUUAACAAUUAACAUACCAAUCGGGUCUCAGAUGAACUAACGUUCCAAAACAGGUCUGAGGGCCGAACACAUGGAGUACAUGCUUUUUCUAGAACUAUAACUCCUCCCAUUAAUAGCUCCACCCGCACAUACCCUUAACCAAUCGAUGGACAGGAUCUGGAUUUCCUUAUAUGGGCAGACCACAUGGCUCAUCCAAAACAAAGGAGAAAGGCAUGUGAUUUCAGUUCCUGCAUUCCUGCACAUGCUCAGUAUAUUGAUGACAGUAUCUUAGCUACGUGUAACUAACUAACUGAUACAACAUACAAAUAUGCCACAUGGAAAUCUCGGCCUACUAAAUUUACAUUUCACUGAAAUUCCAUCACAGAAUUGUUGAAGGAUUGCUCUAUAACUAAUCUGGAUACAUUUUUUUUAUGGCAAUUCUAUUCUUUCUUUGGAAAAAUUCAAGCUUAAGUAUGGAUUAACAAAUGUAUGUGAACUGGAAUGUAUGCUAAUCAUUGACAAAUUGAAAGAACUAUACCAGGUACCUGAAACAGAUAAAAACUAUAAAUCACUUGAGAUAUCUCCCAUUAGAGAGUUUUUUUAUACAGCCCCACUAGCAAAGGUAUGUUAUUCGUUUUAUAAUGCCAAGCCCUUAAAACAUAUGUUGUGAUGGGAAACGGAGUUGGGUGCCCAGUACGAUUUAGAAGAAUGGUUCCUUUUUUUUUUUUUUUUUUUAAGCUUUAAAAGGUAUUUCGUAUUGCACCGACCAUUUUGAAAAUCAUUAUAAAAUUUUAUAUCGCUGGUACCUGGCUCCGUCUAGAUUGCACAACAUGAAUAAUAUGUAUUCUGACCGGUGUUGGAGAGAUGCUGGGGGUGUGGGCAAUAUGGCCCAUAUCUGGUGGUAAAUCAUUCAUGAUCUAAUUAUUAAAGUGGACAGAACCAUUAGCAUUUUAACUUCGGAACUAGCCUUGUUUAAAAAAACUCCCGGAGUCUGUUAAUAGAUCAGAUAAAGUAAUCAUAGGCCACAUUCUGAUCGCUGCUACAUCCGGUUUACCUAGACAUUAGAAGUCCCAAAAUGGGCCAUCUCUCAGAGAAGUUUUCAAUUUGAUUCUAGAAAACAAGGCACACAAAUUAUUGCAUAGAGCUAAUAUGCACGGUUUCCCAAUAUUAAAAUAUAAUUGGGAUAAAUGGGAAAAAAAACAGUUUAUGGUCUUUGAUAUAUUUAUUGUUAAAGUGCAUUGAUGUACAACAUUUUGCCAUAUACAUUGUUAUGCCUAUUUCAAUGAUGGAUGGAUACCCCUUCCCAUUUCCAAGUUCCCCUUCCUUUCCUACCCCUAAUACAAUGUUUGUAUUAUUAUUACUUGUUAUACAAAAUUUUAAAACUUUUUAAUAAAAAUUAUUUGAAAAGGGUUGUCACAGUGAGCAGUAAACCGUGCGGUAAAUUAGAAGCAAAUCAUAUUUAUAAGGUAAACUCCUUGUGCCCACCGUUAUCUAAUUCAAAGCAGCACUGAAUAUGUUAUAUACUAUACAGAAACUCUAAAAUCAAACUCAAAUAUAAAAUGUAAAAAGCUAAAUAAAUGAAAAUUUCAAGCACACAAGGCACUAAAAUGAGAAGAAAAAAAAAUGAAUAUUCGGUAUAGUCUAAAUCAGGGGUCUUCAAACUCCAGCCCCCCAGAUGUUGCUGAACUACAACUCCCAUGAUUCUCUGGCUAUCUAUGUAAUUCAAAGAAUCACGGGAGUUAUAGUUCAGCAACAUCUGGGGUUCGGAGUUUGAGAAUCCCUGGUCUAAAUCAAUGAAUGCAGUUGGAAUUAAGACGGCCCUUUUCUAGCGACUAAGCUGCAAUGGCUGCCCUCUCGCUAGGUUUAAACAUUUAGUAGACAUGCGGCAGAUGGGAGCGUAAGGAGGUAAAACACCUCCGUUUUAGUAAUCUAACCCCAUUGAAUUUUAUCUCUGUAUUUAUUUUUACUUGUUUAAUGUGGCGGAUGGCUAGCAAGCACUGUUCAGCCACCACGUAUUAACCAUUAAUGUUUCAGAAUCAGUCAGAUGGACUGAAUCAUGACCGCAUUUGGCUUCAGUAAAUCUACAAAUUGACAAUGCGAUAGGAAUUUGGUCAUUUUCACUUUAUUUUGUCCAUUUGGACAGAAUCCAGUAUUUAGUGAAUAGCCUUGAUUAUGUAAACUUCUCUUCUCGCUCCUGUGGGUACUGCUGAGUGAGGCACUCACCUGACCACAUGUCUUUCUAAACACCUGGUUUAGUGACCAUUCUUUAUCGAUGUCCUUGGUUUAAAGGGACACUCUAGGCACUAUAACCAUGUCAUCUUAUUGAAGAUGACAUGGAUGCCAAAAAGUGUUUGGAGACCCCUGGCUCCUGAUGUAGGUCAUUCAAAUAGUAAAAUCUGGAGCCAAGAGCAGAGGGGUAAAAUUCAUAAAAAUAUAGAGGAUUGCCUUUAAUAUUAUAAUUGAGUGAAUUAACGCUGUACCUCAGAUGCCUAAGUUGAAAAAUGCAGACAUUCCUCCAAGGAAGGCUAAGCUGCGGAGGUGUAAAGGUGGUCUCCAACGGAAGCCUAAGCUGCGGAGGUGUAAAGGUGGUCUCCAACGGAAGUCUAAGAUGAAGACGGUGAUCACGGACUGUCUGCUUUGGAAGCCUAACUUGAAGAAUUCCAGAGACGGGGGAGCAGCACUUAAAACUUCUGGCAGAAGAUUCAGAAAAAAUCCACAGGUGAAUUACAGGUCAUAUUAUGCAUUGUGUCAUACAGGUAUUAUAGGGUUGUGCUUGGAAAGAAAACUUUGUAAUCAGAAGCCAGGUAAUCUGUGUAAAUCUAUCCUAGUGUGCACGUAUAGUAACUUAUAACUACACUCCUACCUGUCUUCCAGUGUGCAGACCACCGUUCUCUUCUAGAUUGCUAACCAAUGCUAAACAAAAGCGAGAGACAGAAUUGUCAUCUUUAUUUAAGCUAAUUAGCCAAAAUUGUGAAAAAAAACACUUGCUCAUUGUGGUGGACCGCCUGGCACCCCGACUGGGUGCCUCCGCCAAUCGCUGCUUCCUAGCAACCCCGAGUACUCCUAAGCACACCACCGGGCACCAUAACCACUGUAAACCCCACAGCCAGCGUUACAGCUUGGCUGGGAUCUUGCUGUCCUCCACCUGUCCAAGGCUAGGGUCCUGCUUCCAGUGGGUAGACCUUUCCUAGCCCAGAGAGUAAAGCAGGAUAACUCUUACAAGAGCUAAUGUUGUAAUCCAAAGAAGUAUAGUGAGUUUAGCAAUCCCCAGAGUGAAUAUACCUCUCCCCUCCACACAUGAGACGAGGCUCUAUGUUGAGAGUGAAGAGGAACUGCUUAAUGGCAGCCACAACUGGCCUUAUAUGCAGGUCCCCAUGCAAGGGGUUUACUAUGACAUAUUCCAGGGGCAUUCCCAGGGGUUUACUAUGACAUAUUCCAGGGGCAUUCCCAGGGGAUGACAAAGUAUGACAUUGGCUCUCCGGGCCAGGACACUCCCACACGAAAUAGGAUAAUUCCUCCCCUGUGCUUGAGAGAUAAUUGAGUCAGGAACUGUACUAAACUCCAUUAUCUCCAGGCACAGAAAACAUAGAUAUUACAAUAUCCCUAAAGUACCCCUGAAACACAUGGAAUCCCCACAAAAGUCAAUCCCCUAAUCACCCCGAUCUGGGCGACCAACAUAUCCAAAACUUACCCAGAUUGGUUCAGGGGUUCGGAAUUUCCAUGGAAGUCAUAGUUUGACCGACCGCACAUGAGGCUCCUGCCCAAAAGAGUUCCAAGAAAUCAGGCUGUGCGGUCGGUCUCUUUCAGGAGUACAAAAUACAUACAAAUAUGAAUGGAGAUGUUCGUGUGUAUGCUUGCCUUGUGCCCCUCGUUCGGGAGUGUGUUCCCACCGAACGCUGCUCUUCUCAUAUGAACACCACCGAACAUACCUGGAGAUGGAAGUCCCAGCAGUGUUCGUGCUGUCGAGUGUCCGAUUUGGGUUCCAUACACUCGACGACCAAACACCGCUAUACGCGUUCGUGGGAAUAAAAUGGCCGCCACCCAGCUGACCAUUCAGAAUGUUGCGGUUAUUGCUGCUAACAAGUUCAAUAGGGUUAACAAGUGACACACUUCACUUCCAGGUGGUCUCUUCGUUCGGUAGUCUGUUCGGCACACUAACACAGCAACCAUAAUCCGUUCAGUACAUCUCAUGUACUGAACCUGGUGAUUCAAAAGGCACGAACAGAGCCUUUUCACAGUCCUGCAGCAAGGUCUAUUACAGGGGCCAUAGUCCUGAGGUAGGAGGCUGGCCAGCAGGUCCCUCCAAAAGCCCGUGGCGGGGUUACUUUCGCCACACUCGCCAUAAUGGUUAUUUGGCAAUUUCUCCUCCUUCUUUGUAAAUAGUCAAAAUGUUUUUCAACGGUUUGACUUCUAAUCUUUGGUCCUCAUCCCCACUACGUUCCCCAGUAACAACUUCCAUUAACUUUCUUGAGGGCUUAGCUCAUUGGCGGAAAGUGAUCAGCUGACUAGCAAUUUUAAGAUGGUCCAGGGGUAUUUAACUAAUUUACAUACCAGGCAAUACUUGUAAAGUAAACACAUAACUAGUGAGUUCUUUAAGAAAUAAAUAGCAUGACUCCUAACUUUUAGUUAGUUUUUCAGUUGUGCAAAAAAAUCCUUCUAGUUCUUUAAUCACACAAGUAUCUCAAUGUUUAAUAAGGGAUUAUUAGGUAAUCAGUUUGACAUUGUAAAAUUACUGACUGAUUUAUCUUAGCUUAGUGCAAUGUUUUUUUCCUGUGUAGUAAAAUGUUAUCGAUGUAGGUAAUUGCUUUGUUUUUAGCCCCCAGAGUUUGAAGACAUUGCCGUAUAUUUCUCAGAGGACGAAUGGCGCUAUUUAAAACAUGGACAAAAGAAGCUUUAUCGGGAAGUAAUGAUGGACAACUACCAAACUGUUCAUUUUUUGGGUUAGUUCACUGUAGUUUACUCAUUUCCUUGAUAUAUGUUUAUGAGUUCAAGCAGAUCACAUACACAAAGUAAAUAAAGUACAGAAAAAAAAAGUCAUCACACACUCUAAGAUGUCACUCCAUGUCUGGAUAGCGGUGUGGGUUUGAAAAAUAUCCUUUUACAAGAUAAAGGUACUAGGCCACUGAUUGGCAGAUUUGUGUUGUUUGUUUAUUUUUACUGGAAAUGUAGCUGAAAAGGGGGGGACAAUCUAUUUUUGCUUUUUCAGCUACAUUGUGCUUCGAUCCUUUUUUUUUUUUUUUUCUCUGUAUAGUACGGAGUUUACUUGUGAUUUAUUAACUCCUAGACUGAAAGGUUAUUCAGUCAUAGCAAAUAUAAGGUCUGGUAUUAAGAUCGCCGGCUUGUUUCCCUGUCUAGAUAUGCUGUUUGCGUAAAUAAAGCUUACUCAGCUUGUGAAAGUUGCACAAACUCGUCCUUUUUCAAGCAGAGCUUUGCAGGAGUUCACGGUGUACAGCCCGGUCCACAAAACUGUAACCACAAUGGUCGAUAAGAAGGGAGAUUCUUAUUAGCAAAAAGGUUUUAACAUCAGUAUUCAUAAAUUACGUUUUCAAAGAUGGAGAGACUGCAUGCAGAACUGCGAUUAGGCAAUUUACAAUUCCUAGUGUGCCGGAAACUAAGACAUUUUGGGCAGAGUGGCAGCAGUAGGGCGUGAUGCCAAUGGAUGCAGUCUUCACUAUUUUGCCAGUGUUGCAGCCAUUAAGGCAUUCACUGUCAAAAGUCACAAAAAAAGAGAAUAAUCUUUCAUCUCUACAUUUGCUAGCACAAUGCAUCUAUGGCGUGCUGUGCUCUUUAAAUUAACAGAAAGCUAACUUGGAUCAUUGUUCCAGUUGAGCAAUUACAUUCUUAAAAUUUGAAAUUCACUGUGAAUUCUCACCAAUUCCCACUUUAGUAAAUAAUCCUGUUUGAGUUUGUGACAACCACUUCUGUUACAAACCCUGACUGUCAAAUUGUGAUAAAGUUCAAAGUAGACAAACUUGAGAUAAUCUCGAAUCCCGCUAUGGUUUUUUUAGUUCAACAAAUUUUUGGCCAGAAACCUAAAAAUUCCCUUAGAAUUUCUGACAAUCUCGUUAAUAAACCUUAGUAAGCAAAAAUGCACGCUUAAUGUAACUAUUUUAAAUCACCCAGGUUAUAGAAACAAAAAGCCCAAAUUAAUCACAAGCAUUGAACGUGGAGAAAAUCUUUACGUGUCUAAGAGGGAAAGUCCAGAAAAAACUACCCAACGCAUUCAGAGUAAGUAUUACAAAAAAAUGAGACAUUCGAUGUCCGUUAAAACUAAAAUGUAUCUGAUUAGUUAUUUAUCUGUAUUAAUGUUACCACCUUUGUAGUCGGCAUUGGUAAAUUUUGUCUUUUAAAAAGUUCAACACCCUCAAGUCAGUCUGUAUGGAGGUUUGUCUGACAUUUUGAACGUUUUACCACCAAAUUUAUCACAUGUAAACUCCUUUGUCUUAUUCUAUAAUACUGGGGGGGAUGUUGUAAUAUUGAAGGAAAGGGGACUGUGUAAUGAGUUCUUAUUAGUAGUCAAUCACAAAAUGAAUGUUAUUAUGCAAAGGAACUUGGAACAUAGAAUCAAUGCAAAGUCAGAAAAUAAACCUUCUAUUCCCCAGCACACUUGUCUUGACAGGUCCGCUGCUCUGACACUGGCUGAGAUCCUCAAUAUUGAUAAUCUCAGCCAAUCUUUUGCUUUCCCAUAGGACGCACUGGGUGUUUGUGUGCAUGCGCAGUAAUUGCUGCUCUGCUCCAAUCAGAGAGAUGCAUUAACUAAAGGUGGUCAUAGGAGGCAACGUAAACAAUGUAUUUUCUCAUAAAAUGCAGUCUUUACACUCCCGAGAUUGCCCCAGAUCCAAUACAUUAUAGGACAACUAAAGGCACCCAGGCCACUUCAUUGUGAUAAAGUGAUCUGAAUGCAAUGGUUCUUUUGCAAUGUAAAACAUUAACGUGUAGUUGGUACACCAGCUUACUUUGCAGCGUUAAAUACACCUCUAGUAACUGUCUACCUGGCAGCCAUUAAAAGUGCUUCUGCUGUAAGAACUGUGUUAAACUCACUUCUCACAGCUUACUUCCAAAAGUGGCACAGCUGUGCAUGCUUUUUUUUUUUUUUUUUUUUCCUCCAAUGCUCGUUUGAAUUGGAUUGGGUUUUUACAAGCGUCGCCGUGAUGUCACAGGAGGCAGAAUGAGCAGUCAAGGAAAAUUGCUCUUGGCGCUGGGGAAAAAAAGUAAAACUUUUUUUGUUGUUUUUUUUUUCUCUUUCUAAUUAUUUAUUAGAUUUAAUCUAAGUAAAGAGAAGAACAAUAUAGUAUUAGGAAUACAGGUGUUUUAUUCCUAACACUAUAGUGUGCCUUUAAACUGUAGUAGUUUUGGUGCUUAGAGUUUCAUUUUAAAAAUGGUGUUGACAUUGCAUUUGAUCAUCCGUUAUUUUAUUCUAUUGCUUCGAUUGGAUUACCUGUUUAAGAAUUUGUAUAUAACUUAAGUAGAUUUGCUUUAAUUAAAGUGUUCCGUAUAUAUAUUAAUGAAUUCAGGUGAGAUGGGCUGCAUCCCAAAUGAUGUAUUUUCAUUGAUCUAUGAAUUGUGUUCACUGGAUACUGACAGUAGGUAUUUUUUUCUAUCAUAGAUGGCUCCAAAUAUACAACAGCUGAACUGGUUAGGUCCCUGUUUACACCACAUGGAUGGGCGGUGGCAGGCCUAAGUUUUGAACCACAUUAUGAAGAAAUUAAUAAAGAUGGAAGACCUUCUGUAUGUCAGUAUAAUCUGCGUCACCGUGUUGGUGUGGAAUACACCUCUUUUUACACAGACGAAGACAUAGAGACAAGGGAACUUAAACCACACCGUAAAUUACAUCUUAAACAGAUUAAUGCUUCAGGUGUCAAAUACUUGCAGCAAAGAGUAAAUGGUCCACAUUCUUGUUCUGAAUGUGGGAAAAGCUACAGUCAGAAGUCCUAUCUUGUUAAGCACCAGAAGAUACACACAGGUAUUUCAGUCUUUGUUUGUACAAGAUGUGGUAAGUGUUUCACCCAGCGUUCGAAUCUGAUGAGACAUGAACGAACACAUUUAGUGGAAAGACCAUUUACCUGUCCGGACUGUGAUAAGAGUUUUAGUGAUGGCUCUACUUUGCUUAAGCACCAGAGAAUCCACUCUGGUGAAAAACCAUUUGAAUGUUCUGAAUGCGGAAAAACCUUUAGCAUUAGCACAUACCUCAUUGUUCAUCAAAGAACUCACACAGGAGAAAAACCAUACGUAUGCAAGGACUGCGGAAAAAGCUUCACUCAGAGCUCCCAUCUAAUUACACAUCAGCGAACGCACACUGGGGAAAAGCCGUAUGCGUGCAUUGAAUGCCGAAAAAGCUUUACAUCCAGUUCUCACCUCAUUACACAUCAAAGAACGCAUACGGGAGAGAGACCGUACCCCUGUGAAGAGUGUGGGAAGACAUUCAAACAUAGCACACACCUUGUAUUACAUAAACGGACUCACACUGGAGAGCGACCAUACACUUGUUCUGUUUGUCCUCGUACGUUUGUUCAGAGACCGCAGCUUCUCAAACACCAAAAGAAGUGUCAUGCAAAAGUGGAUAACUUGGACAGCGGACCUUAAUUUAUUUUUCUUUCGUGUCUUUCCUUCUCCAUAUCACGCUACAAGCAUUCGUGUUUGAAAAACCAUUUUAUACUUGAGAAGGCUUUUUCCCCCCCUUUUCUUGUUUUUGUUCUGUUGCAGGUUUAUCCCGUAUAUGACGGUGCACAUGUUAAAGGGUUUACAAUUCAACAGGUUAAUUUUUUUGUCCACAUCCGUUCAUAUCUGAAAAUACGUAUCACAAGCAUAGUUUUCCUUAUUGUUUUUGCUAGAUAUGUAAAGCUUAGUUAAUUAAAUGGUUUGUUGUUUUUUUUUAUAAAUCAUUUGAUUUAAUAUUUGUUUUUUUUUGUUUUUUUUUUGACA